UCCGCUGUCACUCCCAUCACUCUCAGAGAGUUGAAGCGGAGCCGCCGGCGACAUCACCCGGCUCCCGCUACGCCGUCCGCCCGCGAUUGGAGCGGUGGAGAGAGAGAGAGAGAGAGGGGAUGGAUCCAGAUGAUGCUGAGAUUCCCCAAGGCCAAGGGGUCGAUCCCAUUACCCGCUCGCUGCAUGUGGACGGCAGGAGGCUGCGGCGUUCCGUGCCUCCGGCCGGCUCCGUGUCCCAGGUGCUCGAUGACGACAACCUCCUCAUCAAUGUCCUCCUCCGCCUCCCUCCGAAGCCAUCUUCACUCCCCCGCGCACCUGCCAUAUGCAAGCGCUGGGGCAGCAAGCAUCCUCUCCGACCCAGCGUUUCUCAAACUCUUCCGCAAGCACCACCGGAAACCUCCUUUGCUCGGCUUCUUCGAAGGGUAUGUUGACCGCUUCGUUCCCAUCAUGGAAUCGCCUGACUGUAUCACUGCUGCUAGCUUCUCCCUGCCCAAGAGCAGCAUGCCCUACAACGACCGUCGAGAAUACAUGGGCUGCCGCCACGGCCUUGCUGUUCUAGUCAGCAAGCAGGAGCGCAAGACCGUCGUGUGGGACCCCCUCACCGGCGAACAGCACAGCGUGGCUUUUCCACCGUGGGUGGACGACAACUUUAUGCGGUCUUUCUAUAACUGGCAUGGUACGGUGUUGUGCGCUGAUACCGAAGAUGGGCGUGUUCACGGAGAUUGCUUCUCAAGCCCGUUUAAAGUGGUUUUGGUCUAUACCGGCAUUGGUGCACAUGCAUUUUGUUCUGUCUAUGACUCGGCGUCUAGUGUUUGGGGAGAUGUUUCCAUGAUCGCGAUAAGAAAUGAAAUUUCUGUGUUUAGGCCCAGCAUCCUAGUCCGGAAUGCAGUUUGCUGGUUGAUUUCUGGAGGUGAUAUCCUUGUGUUCGAUUUUGAAAUUCAGAGCCUUGAUGUGAUCGAGAAGCCGGCAGACUAUCAUAUUGAAGACAGGUGUUUUCAGCUCUUACGGAUGGAGGAUGGUGGAGUUGGCCUCGCUGUUUUGUCAGGAAGGAUUGUCCAAUUAUGGGAGAGAAAAUUUGACUCUGAUGGUGUUGUUGGAUGGGUGUUGCUGCAGAAAGCUAUUCCACUGAAGGGAAUGCUUCCAAGGGGAACACAUUAUGUACUUUUCGCGGGGUAUGAUGAGGACAAAUGUGAUUGUUCUCACUACGAUGAUUGGCAACUUCACGAUCCAACUUGACUCAAUGCAGAUCAAACAUAUUGUUAAAAGAAAUAACAUGUAUACAAACACCUUUUAUCCCUACACGAAUUUCUAUACUGCAGGCAAGGGAGUUGGGAGGAAAGGGGCGAAUCUGGUACUUUGAACACACUAGAUCUGCCAACGUGCUAUCUUGGUCAAACAACUUACGUAUCCAGAGUUAAACUUGGGUUGUUGAGAUGCGGACAUGGCUAGUCGGUGUAGGGAAGUUGUUCUAUUUUGUAUGGUGCGGUGGAUGCUCAAAGUGUCCCACUAUGUAGUCUUCAGGUUCUUCCAUGCUGACGGUCAUCAAGUAGAAACAAUUUGUCAUCAAAGUCAUUUCUUCAGGUUAGAGUGUUAAACUGGGGCUUAGUGCCCAAAAUUGGAAGGAAGUGUCAAGAAACUGUGAUCAUUAAUCAAGUGUUUAUCAAAAA